CGGAGAGUUCUAAUCCCAUCAGGAUUUGGACGCACAGUUAAUUCCUUGCUAACCAAGACUUAGCAUAACCUAUAUAAACAACACCACCAUGCCCUGAUUUUUCACCGUCAUUACAAAACUCACGCUCUCUUCUUCUCCCUACUUCCGCCGUAGCCUUUUCACCUCAUCUUCUCUUCUGUUCUUCGAUCGCAAGGCGAACGUCAAUGCCAACACAGAAACUGGUGUUUCUGCUUUGUCUCCUGAUUAGUUUCUUUUCGACUCCGUCCCUCGCUCUUUCCGUUGCCGGUGGUUCAUUGUGUUCCGACUCCGUGUUCCCUAAUAACCGAGUCUUCGCCUCGUGCACUGAUCUUCCCAAUCUUGAUUCUUUCCUCCACUGGACUUACACCCCUUCCUCAUCCACUAUCCACAUCGCUUACCGCCACGGCCAAGUCAGUUCAUCGUCGUGGGUUGCAUGGGGAAUCAAUCCCACGUCCAAAGGCAUGAUUGGAACUCAAGCCAUCGUCGCAUACCCAAGGCCAGAUGGAACCGUUGCAGUCUUCACGUCACCAGUCGAUAGCUAUGGUACCCAGCUACGAGAGGGGAAUCUGACUUUCCCUGUCUCAGAUUUGUCAGCCAUGUUUAUGGACAACGAGAUGGUUAUAUUCGCAACCAUUGAGCUUCCUGAAAACACUACGAGCGUUAAUCAUGUUUGGCAAGAUGGACCAAUCUCGGGUGAUAAUCUUGGAAUGCAUGGUGUAUCUGGAAACCAUCUCCAAUCCAUGGGAAAUCUGAAUCUCUCGUCAGGACAAGCCUUUGGGUCUCAUGGAGGCAAUUCAAAAACCAAACUGAAGAUAGCACAUGGAGUUCUAAAUGCUGUUAGUUGGGGUAUUAUGAUGCCUUUGGGAUUUAUGGCGGCAAGGUAUCUCAAGGCCCUCGGACCACGAGCAGACCCUCUUUGGUUCUACACUCACGUAUCUCUGCAGCUCUCUGGCUAUUUUCUUGGCAUGGCGGGAGGCGCAACUGGGCUUGUUCUUGGCGGCAUGUCAUCUGGAAAUCAUCAUCCUUGCCACAUGGGUAUUGGGAGCACACUUUUUGCCCUUGGAUUACUACAGAUUUCUGCACUAUUUCUGCGACCUGCGAAGGACCACAAGCACAGACAUAUUUGGAAUUGGUUCCACCAUCUCACAGGCUACUUAGUUCUUGUCUUGAGCUUGGUCAACAUAUGGGUAGGCUUCACCAUUUUGAAGCCUGCAAAGGGAUGGAUGAUCGGGUAUGGUUCUAUCUCCGGUGCAAUCAUGCUUACCUUGCUGAUUUUAGAAGUUUGGAAGAAGAUGACAAGAGAUGGAAAGAUCAGUGGAGCACAAGUCAAUGCAACUCCCACAAGUGCAGAAAACAAAGUCUAGAUCAUGAUUGUUUGCUGAUACGUAGUUCGACAUAGUUCUUGUUGUUGAUACCUAACUGAAAAAGAUUUUGCUAAAUUCCUAGUUGUUUGUUGUGUCUUCUCAGAGGAGCCUUAUUCUUUGUGCUGAAAACAUGGAUUUGUUUGGCUUGGAUUUAAUAAAAUAACCUUGUUUUACAUUU